AUGUACGUUUCCACCCCACGACGGCGUCGCGCGGGGCCCCCAAUACCGAUCCGCGUCCGCCGACACGCCAACAGCCCCAUCUUCGCCGGCCGGAGCCCCGUCCCGUGGUCCCCCGCACAGCCAACCCCACCCUCAGGACGAUCAGCCGACUUCCAACCGUUCCCUGUCAGCCCCGAGUCGACAACAACAACAGACAGCGACGGAGAUCUCUCGCCUUCUUGUUUUACGCCCCCGGUGCAGACUCCGUGGCUGGCGAGUACAUUUUCAGAGCACGGUAGGGCCGGGACCGGGGACGGCAGCAGACGAGAGAGCGUAGAGAGUCGGACCGGGGGCGUGCCAGAGACGCCUAUGAGUACCCCGGUGGACGGGCCCCUGCCUGUGGGUAUCGAGAUGACGAUGAGGAUGGACAGACCGGAUGGGGUUGAUGCCGUUGCGCCGUCGAAGUUCGCGGGGUUGCCUCGUUCGCCGCGGCGGAGGAGUGGCGGCGGACGUCGAGGGCUUCGGAGGAUGCCGAAGCUUGAGGGUAGGAUCCUUGGACUCAGGCUGUCCGAUGAUGAGAGGUUUGACGAGGGAGAGACGCUUGGGGGAGUGAUUAAGAUCGUGGACGAGGCCGAGGCUUCGGGCGUUGUGAAGGCGGCCUCCCUCGAGAAGGGCGAUGAUAGGGGAUGCGAUAAAGUGAUCGAAGGGGAAUCCGAGGCUAAGGACGUUUGGCAGUUGAAAACCGAAUCUGAUGAGAGAGAGAGAGAGGUUACUGGCAUGGAGGAGUGUAGAUGUCAAAAAAGGGGAGGCUUUGUGGAGCCGAGUCCGUGGAGGAAGUGUCCUUGGGUUACUUUGAUGCUGCUACUAUUCGAGUUGUUUAUCUCGACCUGA